GCCUGAGUGAGCGAGAUGAAAUUUUAGAAGCAGAGUGUGAGCGAAAUGCCGCGUCCGAGCCGAGAGUCGUACGGCGACCAGAAGCCGCCCUACUCGUACAUCUCGCUGACGGCCAUGGCCAUCUGGAGUUCGCCCGAGAAGAUGCUGCCGCUGUCCGACAUCUACCGCUUCAUCAUGGAGCGCUUCCCGUACUACCGUAAGAACACGCAGCGCUGGCAGAACUCGCUGCGCCACAACCUCUCCUUCAACGACUGCUUCAUCAAGAUCCCGCGGCGGCCGGACAGACCUGGCAAGGGUGCCUACUGGGCCCUCCACCCCUCCGCCCUGGACAUGUUCGAAAACGGCAGUUUAUUGCGGCGCCGAAAGCGCUUCAAGCUCAUGAAGACGGACAAGGAGCGCUUGGAGAACGAGUUGGCAGCCCUGGCCAACAUGAACCGUUUCCUGUUCACCCCCACGUCUGCCCCCGAGCCACCUCCGUCACCACCCUUGGACCCCCGUGUCACGGAGACCGCCCCUGUGGCGCCACCUGAGUCGAUUUCGCCGACCCCGUCGGCGCCCCGUCCCAAGCGGGCCUUCACCAUUGAGAGUCUGAUCACCCCGGACGACAAACCGGCCUCGCCCCCGGACACUACCCUGCAGAUGGUGCAUCAGGGUGGGUUUCCCAACACCCUGAGUCCGAACGCUGCAGCCGCAGCCGCCCUGCUCUUCUCGCAGCCGCCGCUGCCGCUGCCCUUGCUUGACCCUUCGACGGCCGCCUUCCUCUUCCACCACCCCAACCCUCAUCUAGGGUGGUUCCAGUACCCACCCUCGCCCUUGGACACGCCGUCCACCUCGCCCUUGCACAUGAGGUUCAGCCCCACCCUGCGCUCCGUCUGACCCGUGCUGACCCCCGCUGAGGUGGCUGCCCUGCAAAGGGCCUCUGCGGCUGGGGCGCCGCCACCGGAGGCCGCGGCCUCCGCACAGCACCUUGUGGGGGUCAACAGGUGACACUUUUGUGAUGCGCAGGUGACCAAAAUUAACUGAUUAGCUUUGGGCCUCGCCGGUCCGUUUGUCUGUGUUCUUGCAAGACUUUUCUUAAUUAAUUAUUUGUACUGAUACAUCUUUAAUAUAUAGAGACAGUUCAUGAGAAUUAAGUGAUUUCUUGAGUUUCAACUUGAGAACUUUCAGUAAAAAAGAACAUUAUUUGAAGCUGGAAGUGACAGAUUGUUUGUUAUACUUCUUAAUUAAAAUGUUGUCGUUCCUCAAAUUUAUGAAAAAUUGUGCAAUCGAUUUUGAAUUUCAAUCUGUAACCUGCGCGUUGCUUCUUUUGUUUUUAUUAUUUACUACAGCCAAAUUUGAUUUUUGUAAUUAGAACAGGUAGCUCUGCAAACGCACUUCCUCUCUGUUUGGAUGCGGCAGUGGUGCUUUUUCAAUCGAGAGAGGCGCUCGGAGGAAAUUAAAUAUAUUUUGCGUCAGGCUGUUUUCCAAACAUAAUAAAUUUUUGUCAUCUGUAUGUUUUCCAUCCCAACAAAAAACUCGCGCUUUUGCCACCGUGUUUCCUAACCACGUAGUUUCCAAAACCUUUUGUUCAGCAAAUUGCUACCAUAAAAUAUAUUUUGAUAUCUUUGACAGCUUUUGAUCCACAGUAUAAAUUUUGAAAAGCGGGAAGUGAUUUUGGAAUCACAUUGAAGCACGCGCAGUUAAAUGUAUUACGAAAACAGAGCAUAAACAAUAUGUAUGUAUUUUUUAAAUAAAUGUUCCUCUAAGUUAUUAAUUUCAUGCAAAAUAUGUAAUUAUAUGCGUACUAGAGAUAUCCAUUGCAAAGAAAAAAAUGUAAGUUAAAUAAAAUGGUGUUAUAAAGAUCGCUCAGAAUAAAAGA